GCUGGUGAUGCUGGAACAAACAUGGCUGUCCCGGUACCCCUCGGCCGCUCGGGCUCCUUCUGUCUGCGGCUGCUACCGCUGCUGGCGCUGCUGGAGCUGCUGGUCGACACCGGCUUGGGCCGCGUCCACCACCUGGCGCUCAAAGUAAGGACUGGCGGGCUGUGGGCAGGGUCAGGGAAUGGAGACCGGGGCACGUCCGCUGCAGUCAAGGUCAGAUCCCCUCCAGAAGCUGGCACCCAGUUACCAAAGAUAGUCUUCAGCAAGGAUGAGAAAGACCUGAGUUGGAGCCAGGAGCCUGCUGUCAGCCCCAUCCCUGCAGACAGCACAGUGCAGAGAACCCUUGAUGGUUCCAAGGCUAGAAGAAGUGCAGUGGAUUCAGAGGCAACAGCUGAGAAAGCCUUCUCAAUUCAUAAGAAUGAUGGGGCAGUUUCCUUUAAGUUCUCCUUUAACAUCAGCACCAAUGACCAGGAAGGCCUGUACAGCCUUUACUUCCACAAGUGCCCAGGCAGCAAGCUGAGGUCUCCUAGCCAGGUCUCAUUCAGCCUGAACAUUGAUAUCAUUGAGAAGAACCCGGACAGCUACCUCUCUGCCGGGGAGAUCCCUCUCCCCAAGUUGUAUGUUUCCAUGGCUUUGUUCUUCUUUCUUUCUGGGACUAUCUGGAUUCACAUCCUUCGUAAACGAAGGAAUGAUGUAUUUAAAAUUCACUGGUUGAUGGCAGCCCUUCCUUUCACCAAGUCUCUUUCUUUGGUGUUCCAUGCAAUUGACUACCACUACAUCUCCUCGCAAGGCUUUCCCAUUGAAGGCUGGGCUGUCGUGUACUACAUAACUCACCUUUUAAAGGGGGCGCUGCUGUUCAUAACCAUCGCUCUCAUCGGCACUGGCUGGGCCUUCAUCAAGCACAUCUUGUCUGAUAAAGACAAGAAGAUCUUCAUGAUUGUCAUCCCGCUUCAGGUGCUGGCAAAUGUGGCAUACAUCAUCAUAGAGUCUACCGAGGAGGGCACGACAGAGUACGGCUUAUGGAAGGAUUCUCUGUUCCUGGUCGACUUGCUGUGCUGUGGCGCCAUCCUCUUCCCAGUGGUGUGGUCAAUCAGACAUUUACAAGAAGCCUCAGCCACAGAUGGAAAAGCUGCCAUUAACUUAGCAAAGCUGAAGGUUUUCAGACAUUACUACGUCUUGAUCGUGUGCUACAUCUACUUCACCAGGAUCAUUGCCUUUCUUCUCAAGUUUGCCGUUCCAUUCCAGUGGAAGUGGCUCUACCAGCUGCUGGAUGAAACAGCCACGCUGGUGUUCUUUGUCCUGACGGGCUAUAAAUUUCGCCCAGCUUCAGAUAACCCCUACCUGCAGCUCUCUCAGGAGGAAGAUGACCUGGAGAUGGAAUCUGUAGUGACAACAUCAGGAGUGAUGGAGAACAUGAAGAAAGUCAAGAAAGUGACCAAUGGUGCUGUGGAGCCCCAGGGUGACUGGGAAGGCACUGCAUGACAGAGCACGACCUGAGGAUGCACUGUCAAUGAAACUAACUUAUUCAUAGCCCUGUCAGUGAGUGAGCGUGCUCCUGACAGAACUGUGGCAUCUCCCAACAGUGACACCAGUGCUCAUGGCAGAGCUGAGUGCCAUGGACACCUACUUUUGUACGCUUAGGGAAUCUGGAUUGCGGUGGGCUCCAGGCUGCUAGGACUGUCCCUCAGUGAGGGUAGGAGACACGGCGGAGGAGUAAAGGAGUCUUAAUUUACCUUGCUCACUGGGAGUCUGGGGUCUGUGCAGGGGAGCUCCCGCUGGCUGCCAUUCAGGUUGUGGUGGGGAGGGCCAGUCUGCCACUGGUCACAGUGCUCUGGAGGCUGAGGAUGCCACUCAACCUAGCAUUCAUGGGUUCAAUUCCUUGUACCAGGGUGGGGGGGGGAAAGACGUUAUUUUGGAAACUAGUCAAAUAUCUACCAAGGACACAAAGAAGAGAAAGAAACUAUCAGGCUUUGAGAACAACAGCAACAGAAAUGAAUGAAAUUCUUAUAGCUAGCCAAAUAGUCACCUUUGGUGGCAUGAAGCACCAGCCCAGGGCUGCUGGCCCCAAGCACCACUCUAAAUACUGUUUCCACUCCUGCUGGCGACCUGGAACAGUGGUGCUAGAGGCGUGCUGGGAGGGCCCAUCGCUUUGCUAUCCAGGCCACUGCCGGGUCCACAGCCCUGCUGUGGAGCAUAGCUCUCCAUUCAUGCCUGCAGGGGAGGGGAGCCUCACACUCCAGAGGUAUUCUCCAGAUGGCUCUCCUGACUCCAUCCCCUGCCUGCCCAAAGCAGCCUCCUGGCUUCUUCCACCUGCAUCUUCUGAGCAGAAUCUGAGAAAACAGAAUUUUCCUGAAGGAGCAGCUGGGGACAGAAAGAAUAGUGGCCAAGCAAAUACUUAGGUGAGCAUCCUUCCACAGCUUGCAUGGGCUAGGCAGGACUUCUGAUCCUCAACUACAUAGUCCAAGUAUGCGUGAAGGAAGUGCACACAUUCGAGCUGCUCAUGCUCAGGGACCUGGGACAGCGAGGUCUGCUCAGAGCUUGGGCAGUAAUACCAGUGGCUGCCUGCGUGGAGCAGAGCUACAACAGAGACGAGCUUAGAAGGCGUGUGAUGAGGGCACAGGUGGCCAGCUCAAAGCACCUCAGAGGCACUCAGUGUCCAGGACUUGUAGGUGAGUCAUGCCUUCAAGGGACAGGGGCUUCCUGGGGUGUCAGUUCCUACCUCCCAGUGCUGAAGACUCAAAUCUCUGUCUUGAAAACAGUUGUGUCCCACCCCGCCACCCCAAUUCCACGUUCUACACCUCCAGUAAGAAGCUGCUUCCUCUCCUGUCCUAGGAGCUCCCUCACCACCACAGGUGUUCCGUCUUGAGGAGGGUAGGCAGGCCUGAAGGAUUCACUUCAGGGACCUUUUUCUCUUUCUUUGCUUUGUUCUUGCUUAUUUGUUUAACUAUGUGGGAAGGGAGUUGGAGAGAAGAUGAGGUAAUUUUUAAUGCUUUGUUUAUUGCACACAAGCACUCCACCAGCACUGCUGAAGUGUGCUCCUGCAGUGACAUCAAAGCCCACAGCCUGGCCCUCAGAGUGCGGUGUGAUCCUCCCCCCCCCCCCCACAUUCUUCACUAGGCACUAGACUCACAGAAGGUGUGAGCAGCCUGCCUCAGGCGGGUUCUUUGUGGAGGCCCUCCUUUCACUUGCUGGGUUUUCAUAGUGUGACUCAGUGAAGGAGCCAGAGCCCAGCUCACAGCUCUCUCCCGGUGCAUGUCUCAGGGGCCGUAGGGUCCUGAUAGGAGCAUCCUGUAGGAAGGUCUGGUCCUUCCAGAGCAUGGGUACACAAGCAGAGAGGUGUGCUGCCCCAGUGUCCCUCCCAAGGCCUGCCCUAUCACUGCCGCAGGAGGCAGGCCAGGCACUCCGGGGGAAUCAGAAGCCUAGCACGGGUCUGGGAAGGCUGGCCUGGUGCCCAGGCUAUGGAGAGGAGAACCCCCAGCUCUUCAUCCUGUACUGGAAAUGUAUCUCAGCUCCAUCACUUGAGAGCCGUGAGCCAGCAUUCAGCAGUGACCUUGGGUUGGAAUCUGGUUGGAGUCCAGUGCUGCCCAGCCGCUCCAGUUCACGGGCUUCCCUCUGCAGCCUAGGGCUGAGUCCACCCAGCCCCGCACAGCCGUGUCUGAAGGGUGAAGCCUGCCCGUUGCAGGGGCUGAGCAAAAAUGGAGCGCACAUUGCCCUGCCACUGUGGUAUUUAUAGCCCUGCUUUGUGUGCCCCUCUACGCUGCCUGUGUGAGGUAUCCGUGCUUUAUUUGAGAGCGCUGUGGGCUGUGACAUUUAAUACGCUGUGGACAACAGGAGCAAGUGUUCAGCUCUGAAUUCUGCCUCCUAGCAGUGUAAAGUCUAAUGUUUAGCCUGACUGGGGUUCAUUCUCUUUAGAGGAACAGCUCACUAGGGUCAAAGAGAAGGCCUAAGUCUUCAGUUUUCCUUCAAAAACCACUUCAGAGUAAAAUACCUAAGUGUCCCCACUCUCCAACCCCCAGCCUGCUCAGCCAGCCAGGGCCAGAUAGCUCCUGAGGCGCUUGUAGGAUUUCUGCUCCUCUUGGUCCUUCAGUCCUUUUCUCCCUCCUCUUCUUCUCCCUCUUUUUUUUUUCUCUCAUUUCCCCUCUCUCUUCCCCCAGCCCCCAAGUCUUUCCUGCUUUCUGUUGACUCCCUUUGCCCUCCCUGGCAUACCCAGCCAUAGGCCUGGUGCAUUGCAGCAUUGUCUGCCAGCAGCUGGGUGCAGGGUAUGUUUUCUAAGCCAGGGAGCAUCCUAUCAAGAGAGAGCAAACUAUGCAAACUAACGCUGUGUGUUGCUGCUUUGCACCACACGGCGCUCUCCGCACACCACAAUGCCUGUCUGGCUCUCGGAGUGCAGCAGGGGAAGCCCAUCAAAGAGACCUAUGUUCAUUUUCAGUGGCCUCUGGCCACCUCCCACAUCCCAAAGUGUGUUCCUCGAGGAAGCAUUAGUCUGGCAAGGUUGCUGGCCCAGCUCCACACACUGGGGAACAACCUCUCUUUGCCAAGCUGCUGAUCCUCAAAGGAUGAGCCUAGCCCACCCCCAUCCCUCAGCCCUCACCCCACCACCCACCUCAGUUCACCUGCUGGCCGUGGCCUGCCCAGGGGCUUCAGCGCAUCAAAGUGUGCCACCCAGAGGCCCGCCCUGCCCACUGCUGCUGCCUUUCCUCCCUGGGGUUCCUAAGGACUUUAUUCUUUAUUCUUGGCUGUGUAGAACAGGCCAGUGUUCUCAAGGAUGUGCCCUUUAUUCCAGCUUUCCCGGGCUGCCCUGGAAAGACUCUGUAAGAUAUUUACAGGAGCCUCACUCACAGCUGUACCACCUGGAAUGUGGUCAUAGGUCACAGACCAAGGAGUCUUCCAGUUCCUGCAGGGCCGCUUCUGUCCUUUGAGGUUUGUCUGCUUUGUCUUUAAAAAGUGUCAUGCAUUUAGGUGGCGUGAUGGCACCUCAGGUUCCUCUGCCUGGCCAGGGGAACCCCUGUCUGCUUUCCAGUGCUGAGAGACAGAGCAAGCUUAGAGGCAGACAUAGUCAUGACCAGUUGCCGGGACCUGGUAUGAUCCUGACGACAGGGAGACUGCAGCCAGGCCACACACAAGUUCCUGUUGUGUCCAUAAAGACCAGAGUAAGACAGAUUCACUCCCAAUACAGGAUGCUCAUUUGGAGGUUGUGCUGAAGGGAGCUGAAGGGCCAGCCUUCUUGUGUUCAAGCUCUUGUCUCCCUCUGUGACAGGGCCAGAAAGCCUGCCAUACAUGGGAACUCUCCAGUCCCUAGCUGACCCAAAUAACUGUCAGACUAAACCCAGAGGUUUCACCUGCAGGAGCUCUCAUGGGCCUAUAUGUCUUACUCAGGUUGGGGUACAGGGGCUGGGCCACUGAGUAAUGUUAGCAUUAAUCGCUGAGUACUUACAAGCAUGGGCUGUGGAUGUGCUCAGGAUUGGUGGGCUGGCCACUGUGUCUCACUGCAAAGUAAAUGUGUCCAAUAAAGAUUCCAUGCUGGGAA